GCGCCUCUUGUUCGUAUUUUCUUUCAGUUCCAAACCCAGGCAUGGCGAUGGCGGGUACUCACACUCCACAAUCUGCUUGGAUUCUUCGCGUCUUCUUUCUUUGGACUUCUUCUGUUCUGGUAUUCGCCAAUGAACGUUCCUUAUUUCUCAUACCAAAUGCCACACUGCAGCUAUCCCGUGGAUUUCCUGUGGAAAAUUCUCCUGGUUCUAAGCCUGGGGCUACUGUGGUUGUCGAAAGAGUUCAUAUACAUGGACUGUCCAGGUUUAGAAACCUGGGGAAAUUUGCCCACUCCAUGAAAGUGAAUGUGUUACCUGUAAAUUCAGAUGUUCGCUUGCCGAACAUAGAGGUUUGUUUCCAUAGGAAUGCAUCUCUUGCAGUGGGGAUGUGCCCACAAGGCCAGUGGGAGAAAGUUGUUAAGAGUUCCUGGGCACGAUCAAUGUCUCCUUUUGAUCACAAGCUCUUAGACAUAAGGACUGCUGGUUCAUCACUGGAAAAUUUUGAGGUGUCCAUUAAAGAAGAAUUUUUUGUAUAUCGUAUUGUAUUGUUAAUAUCGGGUAUUAUUCUGAUGAGCCUGGCAUCUUUUUUAAGCAAAUCAUUAGUAUUUUAUUAUAGCAGCGCGAUGGCAAUUGGGAUAAUUCUUGUCAUAUUGAUUAUUCUUUAUCAGGGAAUGAAACUUCUUCCAACUGGUCGGAAGAGUUCCCUUGCUAUAUUUUUAUAUUCAUCUGCUGUUGGUUUUGGGACUUUUCUACUUCGCUACGUUCCUGACUUAGUUUGUUCAGUACUUACAGAGUUAGGAAUUGAUGAAGACAUGUAUAAUCCUUUGGCAAUAUUUCUGGUGACUUUUGUUGCAAUAGCCGGAGCGUGGUUGGGAUUCUGGGUGGUCCGCAAGCUUGUCCUGACUGAAGAUGGAUCAGUGGACAUAAGCACUGCUCAAUUUGUUGCAUGGGUCAUAAGGAUUUUGGCUGCCGUUAUGAUUCUUCAGAGUUCUAUGGAUCCUCUGUUGGCAACAUUGGGGUUAUUAUGUGGAUCACUUCUGUCCUUGUUGAAGAGAAUGCAUAGAUUGAGAUUCCUUCGUCGAUUGGGCAGGAGUUUGUUUAAAUCACCCAAGAAAAACAGGAGGAGAUCCCGGGUUCCUGAUUCAUCAUCACCUUUUGAUGUUUCACAUGAUGAACAUAUUUACAACAUCCGACAUAAAGAGGACUCUCCUUUUCUUCGGCCAAAAUUGGAAAGCUUCAUCUUGGGCCCUUGCAAAUCUUCUGAACAAGGUUUCACUAGGACUCCACCUAAAACACUGACAGAGGAGUUAUACCCGUCCAUCAUUCACACGACCCCUGAGAGAAGAAAAUAUUCAGCUGCAGAAUGGGAUGCGUUCACAAAGGAGUCCACUGAAAAAGCCUUGGGAGAACUUGUUGCAUCUCCUGAUUUCAGUAAAUGGCUGUCCACCAAUGCAGAUAGGAUAAGUGUAACGCCCAACUCCAAAACUGAUCGGCAGCACAGGUGGCAGUUGUGGUCUUGAGCCACGUUAGCGUUCUUCACAAAAUCAUGACAGGUUGAUAGAAGUAGGUGAGAUAACCAUAGAGGGUUUCAUGCCUGUAAGUCCAACGGCCGGUUCUCAUAUACAGAAAGUGAAAGAGAGAAUGGCAAUGUUGUAUAUUAGAGAAACUUAAAUGGUGUAAAUUUUUUGUGACAAGUUGUGUUUUCCACGGUGUAAGAUAUUCAUUGUGUGCCGGUGGAUUCACAGUUCUCGUCCACUGGGAAAGGUUCGGGGAUAUGUUUUCAUUUGUAUACGACCAUCGAUGACGAGAGGUGUUUUACAUGGUUCAUGUAGUCUCUAGACGUACUGUGUUUAUGAUGUCAUGGUAAAGCAAAUUAUAAGAUUUUGUUGGUGGUUGUAGAGUAUUUUUUGGUCGAAGCAUGUAAUGCUUUAGGUUGUAAGCUUU